AGCUGAUCGACUUCGGGCUGAGCAAGUGGCUAAGCGUCGGCAGCCGCACCGGCACGCUCUGCGGCACGAUACAGUAUAUGGGUAACGAAACCACACGCACUAUACUACAACCAAUAGCAAUACGUUACUAGUAGUAGCGGUAGUAGGAUUAAGCGCAGGGCCCUCCCCCUCUAGCUGUAAGCUGGUCUGACACGCGGUCUGGUGUGCCCGAAACAUUCUUCCCAACCCGAUCCCGAUCGCAAUGCUGACCGGCCGUGGGCUCCGUCGUUUUGCGUAAGCAACCGGGAGGACGGUGGACGCGAGGGCGGAGGUGUGUGGGGUGGUGCAAAUGCAAAAACAAAACAAACGCCCCAACCAAAACCAGCUCGUGGCGCAAUGUUACUUCCGGGCGCGCGCCCAGCCUGAUAAGAUCCGAUCGAGCGAUUAGUCUAUGCAUGUGUAUGCGUGUGUGUGUGUGUGUGCUUGAGGGUGCAUGUUUAUGCGCGUGAUUAAAAGGGACAUAAUAUUGUUUCAAACGCUCUGCUGAAGGAAGCGAACGCAUUCGUGCUGGUUUUCUGUUGCGGCUGCGCCACGUCUGGUGCGCACCAGCGGCAAGAAGACGAUGCAACUGUUCCGUGGGUUUAGUUAAGCAUUUCCUUUCCUUGUAUAUCCUAACUCAAUCCCUCCCUCCCUUUCCCGUACCCCCAGCCCACCACUUUGUAGAGAAACUGAACUCUGCCACCAACUGUGCAAAGUGCGAUUCGCGCGUGUUUUUGUGGAGCAAGGCAAGGGUAUUCGGGAGGUGCUUUAAGAUUUAAGUUUGAUUGCACUUGAGGGAGAGAGAGAGAGAGAGAGAGGGAGAGAACGAGCACGAGAAGAAGGAACGAGAGCGGGAGCAGGGGAGUGAUUCGUUUUGCCCGUAACGCCUCCCGCUCCAACCAUGAACGCCCGCUCGCAAACGUUCGAUCUGCGCAUGGAGGGCCGGCAGGUGGACGAGGCCGUGCUGAGCAUCUUCCACACGAUCCUGUUUCACCGCAGCCUCGGCAAGUUCCUGUACACCGAGGAGGCGAUGUACUCGGUCGGCACGAUCGGCUACCGGGACGUGGACUGCGACUUUUUCGACUUCACCUACGUGUGCUGCAGCUCGCCGCGGCUGGAGGAGACGCUGCGGCGCGAGAUCGGCAACUUUAGCCGGCAGCUGCGCAGCAACGACAGCGGCGGCACCGGCCAGAUCAGUCUCGAGUUUUUCCAGCGCAAGAAGACGCGCUGGCCGUUCCAGACCGACUGCAUACCGUGGGAGGUGUGGACGAUACGGCUCGAGCUGCUGACGCUCACGAACGAGGACGACCGGCUGCAGUGCCGGGAGCGGGUGAGCGACCUGCUGACCGACAAGGUCUUCUGCAUCACCGAGAUCAUGAACCGGCACGACUACGUGCCGAAGAUACCGAACCAGACCGAGCUCGACAUGGUGUUCGACACGACCUACCCGGACGUGCAGCCGUACCUGUUCCAGUUCAAGUUCAGCACGGCCGGCCCGAGCGGCACCUCGGUGAGCAACACGAUGAAGAAGCUGAUCAAGGAAACGCUCAACGUUUCGUUGUGACUAAUGCGCGGCCUGCUGCUGCUGCUGCUGCUGCUGCUGCUCGUGGGGUCGUGGCCCGGGCGUCCGCUUUCUUUGCGCCUCAAGGGAGCCCGGGCGGAAGAAGAUCCCAUUUUUUUUUGUUUUCUUUACACACACACACACACUGUUACACUCGCGCCUGUUAAGCCGUGGCGGAGUGUUUUUUUACUUGUUUUAAUGGUCGCAUUUCCGUGCAAUCAAUGCCGUGGUUCGUCGUCCCUCCCUCCCUCCCUACCCCCCACUCCACACACCAUAUAGUGUAUCAAUAGUGUUUGUGUCUCUAUUUGGUUUUGGAGGGUUUUUUCACUUCUCUUUUUUUUCAUUUACGUGUCGUGUCAUGUGCUAUUAUGCCAGUGGCUGUAGGCUAAGGAUUAUGUUGAGCUAAGUACGCGCAUGGGCAGAGGAGCUUUUUCUGCAGCCUUUGCCCGCUGUGUGUCUGUCUGUCUGUGUGUGUGUGUGUGUAGCGCAAACGAUUUGCGUCUGCCUGCCAGGCAAAUCCGUAUCAACAGUCUAAAAGGUUGAAUUGUUAAAACCUUUCGAUCAAACGGCGAUGACAGUGAGGCCGGGAAGCGUGGAAGCGCAAAACGAGAUUAAUUAAUGGCCCUGUGAUGUCGGUUUUGUUUGAACGAGAUGAAAAAAAAAAAAACCGAAGGGGCUUUCGUUUUAGGUUUACGAUUACGCAACGUGUGAUGUGUAGUACGCAUCAUUCUAGGCCGCUCUGCUGCUUCGCCACAACCAAGGGCUGACGAAGAGCUACUGUGUGUAUGUAUGUGUGUGUGUGUGUGUGUGCGUAGCUAACGAAUGAUUUGUAUGAGUGUGUACCGCUGUUUUUUGUUUGCUUGUUUUGCUGAUUGAUGUGUGCAGCCUGAUGUUGGGCGCCACCACCUGUUUAGUUUAAGUUUGCAACACCGCCCCUCCCCCCCCCCCCCCCAUGCGUCGAGUUUUCCGUUGAUCUCUAAUUGAUAAGGCGCGCUAGCCGCGCACGCUGAAGACACUUUAACAUAAAAAAAAGCAACCGAUGUUUUAAAACGCUGAGCGCCCAAAGCAAACGCAAACAAACAAUAUACCGUAAGGUGAUGUACCGAAUCACUAAGUAAUAGCGUUAGGUUUUAGGUUAAGCGGUUCCGGCCGGGUGGUACAAACAAACCAAGACAGUGAAACAAAAAAAAAAAAAAACAAAAACAAAAAUAAAUCGUUCGCUCUUCUCGACGGCAACUAGUCGCGUUUUUGCACCAAUGGUGGUGACAUACUUGGAUGAAGUAGAAUAAAUAGUGCAAUAUUGCAGGCAUCGGGGAACAGGCGGAGAACGGCUUCACUCUUGUUUUGAACACUCCCCAAACUGAUACUUUUUUUUUUGUUAAAUGUAUGCCAAAACAAGUAAAGCACAAUAGUACAAAAAGAAAGAAGCAGGAUUUCCCAGAGCGAAGCGGAGCGAAGCAAUGCGGUAGAGCAAAAGAUUAUUUCUAGUGAACAAAAUUAACCACCUUCAAAUGGGUUUGCAAAUAGCGUCGAUUGAAAGGAGAAACAGUCGCUUUUUUUUAAUAGUUCGAGUCUGCCCCAUGCAAUGAAUUUACCCUAACGUCAGAAGCCAAACUGCAAUUCAAUGAUAGGAUAGUGUGUGCGUGUUGUGGGUUUAAACGUCCUGCUCUCCCAAGUUUUGUUUCCUCACCCUGCUAGAUGGAUUGCCCAUUUACUAGCAACCAAAACGAACCGAGCAGAAAGGAAAAAGAAUGAAAAAAAAACACAACAACAACACGCAAGAAUCAUACGGGUUCCCGAAACAGAAAGUUUGAUGCAUAAAGUAAUGGUCACUAUACAAAAAAACAAAGUAUGCAGUAAAUAGUUACGUAACAUUACCUAAAGACAUCUCAAUAGCAUAGUAGCAUUAAUGCUUGCAUAUACGUAAAGAAAACGCUAACCCACGACUAGGAUAUCAACACAAACCGUACCGCUACUCUCCGUACUAUAUAUAUACGUAAACGACUUUCUCACGUGUGUAUGAGUGUGUGUGUGUGUGUGCGAGAGAGUGUGUGAGGGAGUGAGUGUGUAGGGUUGUGCACGAUACCUUCCCUGAACUUAAUUAAUGUUUUAGGCAGGCUUGUUCGGUUAGAUUGUUGAUUUGUUUUCUUUCAUUUUUUAUUCUGCUCUCGUGCACUAUCUGUCUUGCUUCGCUUGCACUUACACUUUUCACGCCGUUCACUAUUCGCAACAGAUGAGGCAGGCAACACUCCGGUUGUGUAUAUGUGUGUGUGUGUGUGUUUAUCGGUGGGUGUGGGCGUUAAUUUUAAGCCACCGGACCAGAAAGGAGCAGAUACACUCGUGUGUGCGCAUGUGUGUAAGCAUGUCUCUGCGGACGGGACAUGUCACCGCAUGUCCCGCAGCCCCCGCUCACCGCACCCAACGCACGUGGUUUUUGAGUCAUUUAUUAGGCUAUAAGUCGGGCUUUGUUUGUUUUUGUUUUUUUUUGUCCUACGUAAGCCUGUUAGUUAAAAAAAAACAACAACAACAACAAAAAACGCACCCAAUUUUUAAUUAAGUUUAAGUGGUUUGGAUAGGGGUUUAUUUUCCAAUUGGAAUGUAGUGAAUCAACCAAACCGAUUGAAUUGCGGUUCCUACCGAAAAGAAGAAAAAAAGGAAGAAAGUUUUAGUUCUGUAAGUACUUGCAAUAUAUUGUGCGACAAAGCGGAAGAAAAGGAGUGAAAAAAAAACAACAAAAACAUGGGAAAGUAGUGAGUGGAAAAAAAUGUAACAAAAAGAAAACGAAACGAAAGCGAUUACAAUGUAAAAAAAAAAACAACAACAACACAUCAACAUAAAGAGCGAAGAAUGAACGUGGGUAGAGUAAGUGUAUAAAGAAAAAAAAGGGAGAUAAAAAUGAGCAAAACACAGCUGAAAGCAACACAAGAGUAAUAUUAUCCAGAAACAUGUAGAGGGAAUAGCAAGUGGGGAUCCAAAUUCUUUCCAAAUUGGUUAAUGCAUUGGUUCGUUCUACCUUUUUUUAGUCCAUUAAAAAGGCAAUCCACACUUUACACGGCAAAUUUGCUUUGCAAAUAGCACUGAACCUAUCGAGAGUAGAUGAAAUAAUUUGGCAAGUAGAAGUAAGAAACGAAUAUUAGCAUCGUAAAAAAAAAACAAAACAAAAUAAUAAGAUCCUUAUAAUUCAGCUUAGUCUUGUGUACGUGAAUGUUCGGAAGUUUGUUUAGUCUUUAUGUUGUAGGCUAUGUUUUUUUUUGUGUUUUUGGGAUUUUUUUUUUAACUGUUGGUUAUAUAUUUUACUUUAGCAUUUUCUCUCUCUCUCUUACUCUCUCGCUGUCUUCUUUUUUAGCUGUAACGUUACGCUCUAACUAGAACGCUUUAAACCUGUAUGUCAUUUCGUCGUCGUUUAAGCUGUGAUUAAGUGUAUAUGAUAUAUGAACGUUAAAAUAGGGAUGUGAGCAUUAAAAUAGGGAUAAUGCAGUGUAGUAAGUUGUAUAGUGUAAUGCAAAAAGACACAGGGAAACGAAGGUGUAGCGAGCGGGUUUGUUUGUUUUCUGUUCUUCUGUCUCGCUGCUGUAUCCAUUCGGCUGUCGCAAUUUGGUCCCCACAUUGAACCCAUUGGAACGUUCGGGUUUUUGUGCGGUUUUUUUGUGUUUGCACACGCUUUAGAACCUAAAAACUGUGCAUCGACACACACACACACACAUAUUCAAAGGACAUUUGGGGAAAGGGCAUCUACUUAAGGCUUCAUCUAGUUGAAACGCAAAAGUAGAACACGAACACCUACUCACCCACAUACACACAUACACACAUCCACACGAAAAAUUGUAAAGAAUCAGACGAAUUCGAUUGUAGGGCUUUAGUAGUAGUGAGUAGUACUUAAGUGCAAGCGGUAGCUCAAACUUGCUUGUUGCGGUUAAAAGAUUUACACUUCGUUCGUUUGUUGCCGUUGAAGCCGCUUGUGAGUGUGUGCGUGUGUGAAUGUGUGUUUUCCGGUCACAUUGUAGAUACCUUCUGAACAAGACGCACAUCUGUAUAUCAGACCGACUUGAAGCCGAUAUUUAGGACCCAUUUUUAAACACCAAAUAAUCCCACCCGCUGCUACGAUAUCCCGGAUAGCCUAGAGAGCUGGACUCUUCUCCACUUAACCAUCAGGCUCUAGUAAACGAAGGAUCCAGCAUCUGGCAUGAUUGUGUACAGACAGGAAGACACAAGUGUGUGUGUGUGUGUGUGUGUGUGUGUGUGUGUGUGUGUGUGUGUGUGUGUGUGUGUGUGUGUGUGUGUGAAUGAAUGAGUGUGCAUGUGUGUGUGUAUGCGUGAUGCCAAACAAUCAAUAUGCGAAGCAAUCUGGUACAACGGCGGUGGCCACAACGGUUGUCCAGAAGCUCCUACGGCUACAACGGUGCAGACGCUUGAUGUGGACCCGGUUGUACAUUAGUGAACGAAGGUGUGUGUGUAUGUGUUGGUUUUGCAAUUCCAAACAGAAUAGCAACACACUACAACAAAAAAAGCAACAAAAACAAAUUGCAAAACAGUGGAGCUAAUGGGCCAAACCAAAACGAAACACGCGGAUAAACGUAGAAACGGAGGAAAAAACGGAACAGAAUGCAAGAAAAAGGGUGUGACACACGUGUACUAUACUGCAAGGUUUAAAAACAAACUCGAUACUAUUAAAAGCACUUUAAAAGGGGUAACAAUAAUGAAACAUUGCUUAAGCGUCAAAGCGUGCGGUAGGUGAUAAAGUCAAACAAUGAACUUAUACAUGGAUUGUUUAGCGGGGGCAUGAACAGGAAAAGAAGAGCAGAACAACAACAAUAUAUAAGAUUAAAGUAAUACUAAGCCAAGUGGGUGUGGCAGGCCGAAAGGUAUCGUACACCACACGCAAAACCAAGCAAAGGAGAGAGGGGCAAGAACACACACAUACACGAACGGUUUAGAUCAAACGAUUGAGAGUUCGAAAGUGGACCCAAGCAAAGCAACCGAAACAUUAUAAAGAUGUGAUUGUUUUAAACAAAAACAAGCAACAAAACAGAAAAACAAACAAAAAAACUAAACUAGAUAACACAAAACAGAAGAAAAAAAAAAAACUAAUGCCUCCUAAA